CGGUCACAGUUGAAAGGUUGGAGGUUGCGUCAGUCGGCUCCUGCUUUGCCAUGUGUGCUCGGUGUGACGAAUGCAGAAAUUUAGAUUUUUGACUAGACACGCGCUCGAUUUGUUUGAAGACUGUGGGAUUAUUUGCCCUUUCUUUUAUUUCGUCGAUUCAUUCUCCUUGAUUAGAGAUGAGCCGAACAGCACUUCCUGGGACGCAAGAAUCCGACAGCCGGUCUUUCUACGCUUGGACAAAACUGCGCCGAUUUUUCGCCCACGUUAAAUACGAAAACCUAGUGGCCGGACUUAGUGGAGGAGUGGUGUCUACUCUUAUGCUUCACCCCUUGGACCUUGUGAAAAUACGAUUUGCAGUUAGUGACGGACUGGAUUUGAGGCCAAAGUACAAUGGAAUUUUACAUUGUAUGAGAACUAUUUGGAGGCAGGAGGGACUUCGAGGUCUGUAUCAAGGCGUCACACCCAAUGUCUGGGGUGCAGGUGCCUCUUGGGGCCUAUACUUUUUCUUUUAUAAUGCAAUCAAGGCAUAUAAACAAGAAGCAAAUCAAGGGGAUCUACGUGCUUCCCAGCAUUUAAUUUCGGCAGCUCAAGCAGGUGCAUUGACCCUCUGCAUUACAAAUCCAAUAUGGGUGACAAAAACUCAGCUAGUCCUCCAGUAUGAUGCUGGAGUUGACCAAUCCAAGAAACAAUACCGUGGAAUGGUUGAUGCGCUUGUAAAGAUUUUCCGUAGAGAGGGAAUACCAGGCUUGUAUCGGGGAUUUUUGCCAGGUUUGUUGGGUACUUCACACGGUGCACUUCAGUUUAUGGCAUAUGAGGAGCUAAAAAAGAAAUAUAACAAGCACAGAAGCCUUCCUUUAGAGGCUAAACUGAAUUCCUUUGAAUACAUAACAAUGGCAGGAUUUUCCAAAAUAUUUGCAGUGUCUGCAACGUAUCCCUAUCAAGUGGUCCGUGCUCGCUUACAGGAUCAGCAUAACAAUUAUAUGGGAAUGGUUGAUGUCAUCAGAAAAACAUGGGGGAAUGAAGGAAUUUAUGGUUUUUACAAAGGAAUGAUACCUAAUAUCAUUAAAGUGACUCCUGCCUGUUGCAUUACAUUUGCAGUCUAUGAAACUGUGUCUCAUGUUUUAAUGUAACUACCUAGAAAAUUCUGUGGAUCUCAGUGAAGAAUAAAGGGCCCAUUUUACUCGUAGUGAAGAAAGUGGCAACUUUUGAAACGUUUUCAUAGUUUUGCAAGGACUUGGUUAGUGGAACCUUAAUAUUAUAAGUGUUUGUGGUAAUUCAACAGACUGUCUUUUUUAUGUCAACACAAAAAUGCAUAGUCAUUUAAGACAGACAAUAAAGUUGUUUAAAAAAAAAUUAAGUACAAAUGUAAGAUGUAAUCCUUUAUAUUUGCUAAACACUGAAUUUUGAAUGGCUGUUCUACUUUGCUUUAUUUAUCAAUUUGAUUUUUGUACCCUUAAGAAAAGCCAUUACCUGAUAUCUUUUUAUGUUUAAAGUUUUAAUAAAAUAAUUUGACAGUU